ACUUCGUCAUGAUGCGCCGUGGCAUGAAUAUCGCUCUACUCUAGCCAGACAAGCCAUUGCAAAGAAACCAAGGGGGGAAGUCCAACACUAAUUUUACUGCAAAGUGUUCUCUGAAGAACAUUUCUGUGUAUGGCUAUUAUGUGUUUUCUUGCUAUUAUUAUUCUCACUUUUCUGCUUGGAGUGGCGGACUGCGCGGGCACAGAAGGGACCGGGGUUCUUGACACCGACACGGACUGCCCGUCGCUUUGUAACUGUGAAGACAACGGCAUGCUUCUGCGCGUUGACUGUGUGGACCUCGGUUUCGCGGAGUUGCCUUCAAAGUUGAGCGUAUUUACUUCCUACCUUGAUCUGAGUAUGAAUAACCUCACCCUGCUGCCCAACAGAGCCCUCUCCAACCUACACUUCCUCCAAGAGCUACGACUAGCAGGAAACGACUUAACAGACAUCCCUGAAGGGGCUUUCUCUGGCCUCUUCAAUCUCAAAGUACUAAUGCUCCAGAACAAUCACCUAAAGCAGGUUCCAAGUAAGGCUCUUGAGAACCUGAGGAACCUACAGUCUCUGCGUUUGGAUGCCAACCACAUUGCCAGUGUGCCUGAAAGCUCCUUUAGGGGCCUGGCGUCCUUACGCCACCUGUGGCUGGAUGAUAAUGCCCUGACGGAGGUGCCUGUCCAUGCCCUGGCCAUCCUGCCAACCCUGCAGGCAGUGACCCUGGCCCUCAACAGCAUCACCCACAUCCCAGACCACGCCUUCGCCAAUCUCACCAGUCUGGUGGUCCUGCAUCUCCAUAACAACCAGAUCCAGUCGUUGGGUGAGAGGUGUUUUGAUGGGCUUCUCAGCCUGGAGACUCUAGAUUUGAACUACAACGACCUGGCCAUGUUUCCCAUGGCCAUCAGAGCCCUCCCCAACCUCAAAGAGCUGAGUUUCCAUAGCAACAACAUCAGAUCUGUCCCAGAGCAUGCCUUCGUGGGAAACCCUUCCCUUGUCACAAUAUACUUCUACAACAAUCCCAUCCAGUUUGUAGGCAAGUCAACUUUCCAGCAUUUACCAGCGCUACGGAUGCUAUCACUCAACGGAGCCACAGAGAUCACAGAGUUCCCAGACCUCACUGGCACAAACAGUUUGGAAACCCUAGCUGUCACAGGUACACACAUCUCAUCACUGCCAGGGAACCUCUGUGACCAGUUACCCAACCUGAUACAGCUGGAUCUCUCCCAUAACCUGAUCCAGCAUCUUCCCAGCUUCCGUGGCUGCAGAAAGAUCCAGAAAAUUGACCUCCAUCAAAACCAUAUCCACGAGGUUCCAGCAGACACUUUCCUAGAGCUGACUGGACUCAGAACCCUUGACCUCAGCUCCAACCUGCUGUCCUCCGUCCCUAUGGAAGGCUUUCAGGACCUCACACACCUCAGACUGGCCGGCAACACUGCCCUGAGACACACACUACCUGCCCAGAGACUACCUAAACUCAGGGUAGUGGAGAUGCCCUAUGCCUUCCAGUGCUGUGCCUUUGUAGCUGGCCCUGGAGAAAACUCAAAGUACCCCUACAUCUGGAAAACGAGGAACAUCAAGGACGAUAGAGAGAACUUCCUCGUGGAGAGUGAGGCAGACACCAGACCCCAGCACUCUGUCCACUGUUCCCCAGCACCAGGUCCGUUCCAGUCAUGUCAAAGUUUAUUUGGGAGCUGGCUGGUGCGAGUCGGUGUUUGGAUUAUCGGCAUCCUCUCCUUCGUGUCCAACUCCCUGGUCCUGGUAUCCAUCGUUCUCUCCUCAAAGUCCCCGACCUGUCCUACCCAGCAUCUACUGGGAGUCCUAACCUGGGUCCACCUCCUCAAUGGCGUCUCUAGCGCCGCCCUGGCUGUACUAGACACCAUUUCAUUUGACCACUUUGCUGAUUAUGGUGCGUGGUGGGAGGGUGGGCCAGGUUGCUGGAUCUUUGACUUUCUGUCAGUCUUCUCCUCAGAGGCCAGUGUCUUCCUGUUGAUGGCAGUUGUCUUAGAGCGUGGAUGUUCUGUCCGUGGCUCACAGUGGUCCGAGACUGAGGCCAGGAGGAUUCCAUUGGGGUGGGGGUGUGCUCAAGGUAUCUCAGCUCUAUGUUGCUUCCUGGCUGGAGCCAUUGCCGCCUUACCUCCCCUCACUAUGGGAAAGUAUGGUGUCUCCCCUCUCUGCAUGGCCUCUCCCUACGGACACGCCUCCCGUUUGGGCUGCAGUUACGCCACAGCCCUGGUGCUGCUCAACUCCCUGUGCUACCUCCUGAUGACAGCCACCUAUACCAGACUGUACUGCCACAUGGACAGAGACACACCAGAGAAAGAGGGUGUCACUGUCCAGGACUACUCUGUGACCAAACUUAUGGCCAGCCUCCUCUUCACCAACUGCCUCCUCUCUUUCCCUGUGGCGCUGCCCUCCUUCUCCUCCCUCCUCCAGCUCUCCGUCCUCUCCAGCCCCAAGGUGGCUAAGGCCAUCCUGCUCCUCGUGGCGCCCCUGCCCUCCUGUCUUGACCCCCUGCUCUACAUGCUCCUCUGCCCUCAUUUCAGGGAAGAUCUCAGCAGGCUUCUCUAUUGGACAACAUACAGGCUAAAGAAAGGGCAGCGCCGCACCAGUUUGUUCUCAGUGAACUCCGAAGACACGGAGAAACAGUCAUGUGACUCCAUGCAAGCCCUCGUCUCUCUCAAACUGUAGGUGGAAGAGGACACCUAACUGCUUGCUGGUACUAGUCCCCCUGCCCACUCCCAUGUGUAGUACACCUCUAACUCAGGUGGCAAGCAGAGUCACAUCAGCCCCAGUCUCAGGGGGAUCCACACUGAAACAGUGGAGAGGGUUCCGAUGACACCGUUGACAGGUUGGGGUAUGGAUAGAUCAUCAUGAGGUUUGGACAAAGGUACAGAUAACAUUGAGGUGACCCUUGGAUACAUACACAUGGAUGUGGUCUUCAUGUAACCCUGUUAUUUUUAAGCAACUCUCAAGUACUUGAAAUAUCAGUACACACACAGUAACUGUCACCAUACUUUGACAAUUAUAUGACCUCAAUGGAAUAGUUUGUAAUGAAUUACAAUUAACAUUUAUGUUGCAUCCUUUUUUUUCUAAGUGUAAAUUAGCAUGUUUUUUUAAGUAUGAAGAAAGAGAAGACCUACUAGUUGAUCUAUGGUUUGUGAAUCUUCAGUAGGCCUAUAGAGGAAAUGUAAUAUUGUCAAGUCGUUUACCAAAAAUAAUAAUAAUAUGAAGCAAACACUAAUGUAAGGACAUGUUUGUUUAUUGCCUUUUUUAUUGCUACAAGUUGAAUGAUAUUACCAAAUGUCACAGUAAGGUCAAAUAAGUUUGAAAUGUUGAUUUAAAUGUUGAGUGUUUGAAAUGUGGAAUGUAUAAAGCAAAUUAUUUGGAUCAUG